GUGACGAAGGACACGAAUGCGGAGGAGGAGGAGCGAGUGAUGGUCAAAGCUUUGAAGAAGGAAUGCCAGUAUCAAUGCUAAUGCAGGGUGAAGAAGAAGAAGAAGGGUUGGAUGGUUGAAUGAUACCCACUCCAUGCGUUGUUUGGUUGGUCCUGUUUGUUGCCUUGUGUGGUUCGAUGAUCGAUGCUGCAAAACCCUGCGAGGUGGGCUCCAGGAUUUGCUGCUACUACUAUGAGUGGCGGAGUAAACCUUGCGAGUAGUCAUGGUGAUCUCAAACUGGAGGUCAAAUGGACGCGCCAUGGGAAAAAGCAGAGGCCUGCGUCGCUGCCAACACAUGCAUCACGAGAAGAUCCUGCCUGCUUUUUCUAACCACGGGGCUAGGAGACCCUCUCUAUCUCCGCAAAUCUGCAGUUAGCGGUGGAGAGUAUAAAGCCUCUCAGCCCUAAUUGCGCUCUGUUGGAGUUCGUAACCAGGUUUCUUCUGCUGACUGGGUUUCAAUCCUCGCAACCAGCGCCUGGCUAGCUUCUCAUACUAGCUGGUGAAGGUGCGAGGUGGGCAGUGUUCGAGGUUGGGACGAUGAUCACGAUGCGAGAUGUCGCGGGUGCGCUGGGAAUUGGGAUCCCAGUGCUGUGGUUUCUGAUGGCUUUCAUGGCGUCUAUUCCUGUGAGUUGGCUGCGGCGAUUCGUCCGAGGAGUUACAGCGCGCCAUCUCUAUGCUGCCGCGAGCGGCGCGCUUCUCUCGCACUGUGCUUUUGGGUACGAGUCUAAUCUGUAUCUCAUGGUUCCCAUCUGCGUGAGCUACGGAGCCAUGGUGGUGAGUCGGAGGAUGUGCGGGGUGAUUUCUGCUGUAUUCGCCUUUGGCUUCCUCAUAUAUUGCCACGUGAUGUUUAUGAGUGGCGAUGCGUGGAAGAGCGGUGGAAUCGACCAUACCGGCUCCAUGAUGGUGCUGACUUUGAAGGUCACAUCGGCAGCUUUUAACUAUCAGGACGGUUUAAUCAAAGAUGAGGAGUCAUUGCGGGAAGCCCAGAAGAAGUCCCGCCUUGGCAAGCUUCCAUCCUUCCUCGCCUAUCUCGGCUACUGUUUCAAUUGUGGAACCAUCUUAGUUGGUCCCGUGUUUGAGCUCAGAGAUUACAUGGACUGGACCGAGGACAAAGGGCUGUGGGACCCACAAGCAGAGAACCAGCCCCCAUCUCCUUACGCAGCUGCGUUUCUCGCAGCUGUGAAGGCCUUUGUUUGUAUGGGCAUUUACAUGUACAUGACAGGGACUUAUCCUCUGAGUUUCCUGACAACGCCCGAGUACAUGAAGCGGGAGUUUGGGUUCCGUGUCUGGUAUCAGAUUCUAUGUGGUUUUGGUGCAAGGUGGAAGUACUACUUCAUUUGGUCCUUAUCCGAAGCUGCUGUUAUGAUCUCUGGGUUUGGUUUUAGUGGUUGGGUUAAACCUACACCUUCCGAUGAGCCGAAGGCGAAGUUUUCACGAGCAGAGAAUGUUGACAUUCUGAAUGUGGAGCUGGCUACGAGCGCAGCGGAGAUUCCCAAGUAUUGGAACAUUCACGUGAGCGUCUGGCUGCGGCAUUAUGUCUAUGAAAGACUAGUGGUGAAAGGGAAAAGACCUGGAUUCUGGCAGCUUCUUGCUACCCAAGUCGUGAGCGCAAUUUGGCAUGGCUUGUACGCUGGAUACUUACUCUUCUUCGUCAACAGCGCACUUAUGAUCGCAGGCGCUCGAGUGAUAUUUAAAUGGCAGCGGUCGAUCCCCAAGAGUAAUUUCUUGGCGGUGAAUCUGGGGCCGCUGUUUGGUUUCGUCUACACCGUAUUUGUGCUCAACUUGACCGUCAUGGGUUUCCUGGUUCUGUACUUCGAUGACACUAUUACGGUAUAUAAAACUGUAUACUACUCUGGAACAUUGCUACCAGUUGUGAUUAUAUUACUAGGGGAAUUCAUCAAACUGCCGAGAGCUGGACAGAAUCCAAGUGUGAAGAAGGAAUCAUAGUGUGGCUGGCUGUAUUCCAUUGACAUUGGUUCUGACAUAGAAUCUAUAGUUCCAGUCUUUGUCAUGACUUUAAGUUUAAGACAUUAAUGACAAAAGGCAUUUUUCCCAGUC